AGGUAUCAUGGGUACAUGAAUAGAUGUUACCACGUCACACGUUACAUCUGUUCAACGUUAUUAAGCUGGUUAUGUCAGGUUCAGUAUAUGUGGUUAUGUGACGUAUUCUAUCAAUAAAAUUCCCGUAUGCAUCGUAUUAACAUAUUUCCAUAAUCACGCACAUCAACAUCACGUCAACAUCAUAUCAUUAGCAACGUGGAAACGCAUUCCGAUCGUGUCGAUCAUAAAACGGCAGAAAUCGCACAAAAUGACGGAGAAUAAUCGACAAAUUUCCAUACACAAGUGGAUCUCGAGAAUAAUAAUUGCUACGUUUCUUGUGCUCAUCAUUUUAAAUCUGCCGGCUGUCUGUAAUGCUCAUGGAGAUCACGAGCACUCACCUAGUUAUAAAUAUUCUAAGGAAGCAAACAAGAUUUAUUUGAAUUCACAUCACGAGGACCGGCUCCAUCACAGCCACCAUCAUGAUCAUAAACACUCUCAUUCUACGCAAACAAAUGUUUUGCAUAAAAAUCGCAGUGACAUUAUUUUGAGAGCUGUUGGAUCGACUGUGAUCAUAUCUAUUGCACCUUUUCUUAUAUUGUUUUUUGUACCACUGGACAAUACUAAUCAACAUGAAUCAUUGUUGAAAAUUUUGCUGAGCUUUGCAGCUGGUGGCCUAUUGGGCGACGCGUUUCUUCAUCUGAUUCCUCAUGCAAUGGUUCCUCAUUCGCAUGAGGAAACACUGCCUAAAUCUUCUAUCUAUGAGAAAUCUGAACAUCCAGAUGAACAUGAACAUGCACAUCACAAACAUGACAUGAGCAUUGGCUUAUGUGUAUUGUUAGGAUUAAUAAUAUUUUUAAUAGUAGAAAAGGCGAUUCGCAUUAUUAAAGGUGCUCAUGCGCACUCGCAUGUCCAUCAUGUUCCUCAAGAGAAAAAUAUUUCUUUGGAGAAAAAAGAAGAGAAGAAAGACAGCAGUAAAGUGAUUUCUAAGCCAUGUAAAACAUCUGAAAGUGACAUAAAGAUUGCUGGUUAUUUAAAUCUAGCUGCAGACUUUCUGCAUAAUUUUACAGAUGGUUUAGCUAUAGGAGCUAGUUAUAUAGCUGGAAAUAAUAUUGGUUACCUAACAACAGUCACAAUUUUAUUACAUGAGAUUCCGCAUGAAAUCGGCGAUUUUGCCAUAUUGGUGCAAAGUGGAGUUAGCAAAAGAAAGGCUAUGAUGUUGCAAUUAAUUACUGCUGUAGGAGCUUUGUUAGGAACCUUUGUUUCUUUGUUGACAGAAGGAAUGGGUGAUCUUGCAACAAAAUGGAUUCUUCCAUUUACAGCAGGAGGCUUUAUUUAUAUUGCAACCGUUUCAGUAAUACCAGAACUUUUGGUUGCCAGUAAACCUUGGCAGUCAGUUAUGGAAAUCUCUGCACUUCUUUUUGGAGUAUGUAUGAUGGUUUUGAUAGCAGAAUAUGAAUAAAAAAUAGGUUUGGUAGAUAUAAAAUUUUCAUUCGAUUUAGUUUAUUUUUUAAGAUCAUUCAUUAAGAUCUGAAAAAAUGUCCCUUACAUAAAUAAACAACAAUGGAGAAGAGUAAUGUACUUUAAUAUAAUUAUAGUUAUUGUCUCUGCAUAAAUGUAUGCAUUAUUUUAAUAUCUCACAGAAACAAAUACCAGUAAUAUAAAUAUCACUAUGUAAUACUUCUGUGACUAAUUGCAUUUAUGUUCAAUGAAAAAAUGAGUAGGAUUAAUGAAAUAAAUAUAAUAUAAAAAAAAAACAAUGCAAGUUAUAGUUAUAACUAUAUAUAUUAUUUUUACAUUGAAAUAAAGACUUUGCCAUUUAAUGAAAUAUAAAUAUAUUACAAAGGAUAUUUUGCCAGAUAUUGAAACAUCAAAAUUGAUAUCACCAACCAAUAAUCCUCUAGUUAUUUUGUAAUCUAUAUACUAUAAAAGAUAGUUAUAUAUUACCCACAUGUUUAACAAUUUAAGUAUUUUCUUAUACAGUAAUAAUUAUAUACAUAUAUACACAUGUUCCUAUAUCUUUUAGAUUUAUUGAUUAAAUUUAAAUUAUUUUUGAAUCUAUUUAUCUUUUAAUAUGGAUAUAAUAUAUAACAUAUUACAUAAUUUAUUAUAUUUUGAUUCCAAUUUUAUAUGAUUAUUAUAAAGGUAACUGAUAAACAUAAUAACAUUUAUUAGAGUUAUGAAAUAUUAAAUUAUAUAUUUAAAAAGAAGUACUUAAUUUGCUUAUAUUUUCAUAUCUUGGAUGCCUAAGAGUAAUGUUUGAAAAUAAUCAAUAAUCUUAAGUCAAAUAAUUAUCUAAAAAUAAUAGAUUGUUAGAGAGAAAUAAUGAAUAAAUAAUAAAAAAUUUCACAUAGAUUUAAAUAAAGACUUUAAUAACUCCUUGUUAUCAAUUACUUAUGCAGCUAUUUUCAUAAUUUUAUAAUCUUUAUUCUGUUUUCAUAACACAAUCUAGAUAUGAUAUAUAUUAUUUGUAUAAUUAUUUUCUCUUCCCGAAAAAAUGCCAAAAUUAUUGUAUUUUUACUUCAAAGGAAAUGUAUAAUUUAAUGUAUUAAGUACUUUUUCAGUUAAUGCAGACAUCACAUCUGCCAAUAAUAAAUGUGAUAUAUUUACACAGAUGAAUAGCAUGUAUAUGACGAAUGAUAAAUAAAUUGUGUCAAUAUAGUUUGUAUGUAUAUGUACACUUUUUAAAUUCAUUAAUAAAAUAUAAAUACUAUAAAAUAA